AUGGCUCUGCUUCACCGCCCCGCAUCGUUGCUACAUCCGCUGCACCAACGCGCCUCGCAAGCACCACCAUCGCGCUCUGUGCCGUCGAUUCGGUCGUCCAUGCCGAUCGGACGGCCAUCGCGAGGCGUGCCGGGUAGCAUGACUCGCCCUGCGAGGCGGCGAGGCGGCGCCGUGGUGCGCACGUCGCUGUGGGACGCCGUGCAAGGCAGCGGCAGUGGGGAGGGCGGGGGGCAGCAAUGGGGGCUGGCAGUAUCAGGGGAGGAGCCGCUGGGGUACAGCGAUGAGGAGGGCGAAGGCAUCGUUCCUCUCACUGACGACGCAGAGGCGUUCGGCCCUGAGGCGUUGCUACUGCUUGGCUUAACACCUGACGAGAUUGAAAAGGUUCGAGCAGCACUGGAUGAAGCAGAGGCCAGCUUCAUCUCGCUGCUAUCAGCGGACGAGUCAGUGGCGGACGUCACUCUGUGGGACGCCAUGGAGAGGGCCGCCCAGCCCUUCCCCUCCAUGCCCGCGCCCUCUGUAGCCUCUGCCUCGCAAUCACAGGCAAGUGACAGCAGCAGCCAAUGGCCGAACAACGUGGGCGAGCGGGUGUGCAUCGUGUCGGGGUUGUCGGGCAUUGAGAUCAUGGACCUGGUGGAGAUCAUCAGCAGCCUGGACAUCCCCCCCAUGGUGUACGCAGCCAUGGUGCCAAAGUCAGCAGCCCGGCCAGUGAGGGAGGUGGUGGAGGAUCUGGUGGCAGACCACCGCAUGCUCCGCCUAGACGCCUGCCUCGCCGCGAUGCACACGUGGCUGUACCGCGUGAACGCGGUUGUCACGCUCUCCGUCUUUCUGCUCAUCGGCCUCAGCGUGCUCGCGUCGCUCUCCGAGCGCCUCCACUCGUCCGCCCCGACCGUCGAUCUGGACCUGCUGGACGUGGAGCACUUCUGGAGGAUACCGGGCGGUCCCUUCCAGGGCAACGAUGAGGCCGUGUUGACGCUCAACAUCACCGCCAACCUCACGUCAGUCUUCACCUGGAACACCAAGCAGCUGUUUGUGUUUGUCACUGCAGACUUUUCAACCCCAAAGCAUCCUCUCAAUCAGGUGUCGCUGUGGGAUGCCAUCGUGGAGCACAAGGAGGACGCAGCGCUGCAGUUCACGAGGGAGAUCAGCGAGUACUCGCUCAUGGACCAGGUCAGCACCAAUCCACAUUCACGACCAGGUGCCCUCGUCUUCGAGCUCUUCCCUCACCAGUUAUUGCGCUGUUUUCCACGUUCCUUCUCUGUUCCCGUUUCUUGUCGCCACUCCCUUUUCGCGCGCGCCCUUGUCUCUCUCACUCGCACAUGGCAGGGGAACAGCCUGAGGGGGCUGCCGUUCAACCUGACGGGCUACUGGAACGUGAUGCCCAUAGUUGGCGGCCUCUCCAUCACGUUUCAUGUCGCCAACUGCCUCUUACGCGUGUGUCCUUUCCUUGCCUCUCUCACUCGCACAUGGCAGGGCAACAGCCUGAGGGGGCUGCCCUUCAACCUGACGGUCUACUGGAACGUGAUGCCCAUAGUGGGCGGCCUCUCCAUGGACUGCAUCUCCUUCUCCGGCUUCACCAUGCCGCCCAACUACCGCCCCUUCCACCUCCCGCGCGACCCCUCGCGCUUUGGCGCGCAGCAGCACCACAUGCACGACAUGCACUUUGAGCAGGAUGUGGAGGGGCAUGAGGAUGGGGAUGAUGGUGAAGGGUUUGAGUCCACACUCGGUCCCCUUCCGUCCCACACACGCACUCCCCUCCAUCGCUCACGCUGCCUCGCGAGACAGAGCACGCUCCCUCCCCUCCCGUCUCCUUCGCGCAAUCCCCAUUGUCGCGCACGCUCUGUUCCGUCGCGGAUUACAAAUUCCUUCCCAUCGCCCACGCGGGAGCGCCGAGACCGAUCACGCACACUCCCUUCCGUCGCACACGCGCACUACGUUCCCGCCGCAAACGCGCACUCCCUUCCGUCACCCACGCGCACUCCGUCAGUUACCUCGGCCCACGCCCACUCCCUUCUGUUGGCCACGCUCAAGACCUUCCCGUCGCCCAUGCUCACUCCCUUCCCAUCGCCUACGCGCAAUCGUUCCGUCGCCCACUCUCAAUCACUUCCCUCGCCCGCGCUCGCUCCUUUCCCGUCGCUCACGCUCACUCCCUUUCCUUCGCCUUCGCGCAAUCCUUACAUCGCACAAUCUCACCCCCGCUCGUCGCACACGACCAAUUCCCUCUCGCCGCACGCUGCCGCCUGCGCCGGGCACUCUCUUUCAAUCUCCUCCCGCCGUCCACGCGCACUCCAUCCCGGCGCUGCACGACGACUCCCCUUCCGCCGCCCAUGCUCACUCCCUCCCGCCGCGACGGUCCCCUCCGUCGCACAUGCUCACUCCCCUCCGUCGCCCACGCCCACUCCCUCUCGUCGCGUUCACUCCUCCCCGUCGCGCACGCUCUUUCCCCAUCCGUCGCCCACACUCACUGCCCGUACGUCGUACACUCUCACUCCCUUCCGUCGCCCACGCCCACCUCCCUCCUGUCGCCUUCGCUCAUUCCCCUAUGUAUCCCACGCUCACUCCCCUUCCGCCACCCAUGCUCGCUCCCUCCAAGUCGCGUUCGGCCCCAUCCGUCGCCCACCCUCACUCCAGUGCCGUCACACACGCACGCACCCUCCCCUCGACCGAGAAGGCAUUCUCCGCUUCCGUCGCAUACGCGUUCAUCUCCCCAUCCCUCAUCUCUCCAUCCCUCACAUCCCCAUCCCUCAUCUCCCUGUCCCUCAUCUCCUCAUCCCUCAUCUCCCCGUCCCUCAUCUCCCCAUCCCUCAUCUCCCCAUGCCUCAUCUCCCCGUCCCUCAUCUCACGUCCCUCCUCUACCCAUCCCUCACCUCCCCAUCCCUUCCCUCCCCAUCCCCACCUCCCCAUCGCCUUCCCUCCCCAUCCCUCACCUCCCCGUCCCUCACCUCCCCAUCAUCUCACCUCCCCGUCCCUCAUCUUACCAUCCCUCUUCACCCCAUCCCUCAUCUCCCUAUGUCUCACCUCCCCCCUCAUCUCCCCAUUCCCUCAUCUCCCCGUCCCUCAUCUCCCCGUCCCUCAUCUCUCCGUCCCUCAUCUCCCCGUCCCUCAUCUCCCCAUCCUCAUCUCCCCAUCCCUCACCUCCCCAUCCCUCUCCUCCCCAACCCACACCUCCCCAUCCCGCAUCUCCCCAUCCCUCAUCUCCCCAUCCCUCAUCUCCCCAUUCCGCCUCACCCCAUUCCGCCUCAACCCAUUCCGCCUCAAUUCCGCCUCACCCCAUUCCGCCUCAACCCAUUCCGCCUCAAUUCCGCCUCACCCCAUUCCGAGGUUCCCCAUUCCGCCCCAUUGGCGCUGGGGAAGGGAGUGUGUGGCGCUGGGGAAGGGAGUGUGAGGCGAUGGGGAAGGGAGUGUGAGGCGAUGGGGAGGGGAGUGUGA